AUGAUUGAUUGUAUCCAUUACUCAGUUUUUUUCUCUUUAUUGGCGUUUAAACAAAUAAUAUUGUCUAAUACGAGCGAAAAUUUGUUAUUAGAUUUGAAUACUCAGUUUUUAAAUAAUUAUCAACGAGCAAAAGGUCAUAUUACAAAUAAUAUUGAUCCACUAAUUAUUUUAAAUGGUGAUUUUGCCAUUCUUUCACAUAAUAAACAACGAAUUGAAGAAAAAGUUAUACCAAAACUUUAUCAUGAUUUAAAAACUAUAUCGCAUAUUCCAUUUAAUAUUUAUCUAUUAUUGAUAUUCGAUGUUAAACACAAACUUUCAACGAAUAAAACAGUUGAAUUAAAACAAUAUUUAAAAGAUCUAAGACAUAUUCGACUUCAAUUGAAUAAAUUUGAUUUUCACUCUCAUAAAAUGGAUAAAAAUCAAUAUCAAAUAAUCGAUUUAUCCAUUGAUUAUAUUCGAAAUAUUCUUAAAACGAAACGUAUUGAUAAUAACAAUUUGAAUGAGUUUUGCAUAAAAGCUAGAUCAUUGUUUACAAUUAAUAUUGAAUAUGCUGCUCAAAUUCAUUUAGACAUGCUUCAUUCUAAAGUUGGCAAAUGGUAUAAUAUUCGAUUUAAUGAAACAGAAAAACAACAUACAAAAAUACUCAUUUUUGGAAUGAAAACCGCUCGUCAUGGACAUUUAGAAAAAUCAUAUUUUUAUCGACUUUUUGGAGAAAAAAGAGAGGGAAAUCAUAUUCUGUAUAUCGAAAAUAUGAGUGAAGAACAACAAGGCAUAGAUAUACUAGGAACAUGGAUAUUAGAUAGUAAGGCAAGUUCAACAUUUUUUGGUAAUAAAGAACACUUACAUCAAGAUGUGUUAAUGGACGCAUCGAAAAAAUAUAUUAAAAAAUUAUUUAAAAAAUAA